AUGGAAGGAAAGCAGAACCUCGAUGCUGCAAGAAAGUGCUUGCUAGCUAGCUUGGAAACAUCAAGUGCUAUUGGUUCUGCAUUAGAUGAGUCUGGAUCAAGAUUGGAGCUUCUUCGCCAGCGAUGUCAAUCCCUGCAAACUUCAUUCAGACCAAUCUCCAUGCAGAAAUGCUCGUUCAUCGACGUUGGCAAUGGUAUAGAUAGUGUUCUAUGUUCUGCUGCUACUGUCCUCAAGGUGUUUGAAUUUGUGCAGCAUUUGGAGAAUUCUCUAUUGACAGACGCUGGUUCCGAUCUAUGCUCUUACGUCUCAGAUGCCAAGAAGCUUGAAGAAGCCUUGAAGCUUCUCACUGAUAAUUGCACGUUAGCAAUUGGCUGGUUGCAGGGUGUUCUUGACUUCUUACAAGACAAAGCGAUCACCAAUGAGUUUUACCUCUUUCAGGUGAAGAAAUCCUUGAGGAUACUGCGAGAAUUGCAAGCCGUGGAAGAGGGAGCUCGCGUCAAUGGAGGUUUUCUCAGCGCAGCCUUAGACAAUCUAGAGACCGAGUUCCAAAGACUUCUGAUGGCAAACUCAAUGCCCAUUCCUUUGGUUUCGUUAGGAUCACACGUCGCAACACAAGCUUUGCCAGGUUCUGUUAUGGGGAAGUUGCAGGCCAUCAUUGAGAGGUUAAAUGCAAACAGCAGGCUAGACAAGUGUAAAUCUAUAUAUGUUGAAGUUCGAGGGAGGAAUGCUCAAAGAACUUUGAACACUUUAGACUUGAGCUACCUUGAGAUUCCAACAGCUAAAUUUGAGGAUGUCAGGGAAAUAGCGAGUUACAUAGACCAAUGGGGCAUUGAUUUGGAGUUGGUUGUCAAGAACGUGCUUGAUGCUGAGUACAUGCUAUCUUGCCGUGUCUUUGAGAAGAUUGGUCGAGAAGCAUCAGCCGAGUGUUUUGCCAGGAUCGCCAUCAGAUCAGGAAUUCUUUCUUUCAUUCUAUUUGGAAGGAAUGUUUCGGAGAGUAGAAACGAUCCCUACAAGUUGUUGAACCUGCUGGACAUAUUCAGUGUGUUAGAUGAUCUUAGACUAAAAUUCAACCAACUUUUUGGGGGGAAGGCCUGUGAAGAAAUUAGAAUCGCGACAAAGGAUCUUGUCAACAAAGUUGUUAAUGGUGCCUGUGAGAUAUUCUGGCAACUUCCGGCGCAAGUGAAGCUGCAAAGGCCAAGUUCUCCUCCCCGAGAUGGCGGUGUCCCUAGGCUGGUAAGCUUUGUAACUGAUUACUGCAAUCAGCUGCUUAAUGAUACAUAUCUACCACAUUUGAAAAAGGUCCUAGAAAUUCAUCUUAGUUGGAGAAAUGAAACAUAUGAAGAGGGUAUUGUUUUCACACAAAUAUAUGAUACAAUCAAGGAAGUUGCAGUUAAUCUUGAUUCUUGGUCAAAGGCCUAUGAAGAUAUCACAUUGUCCUACAUUUUCAUGAUGAAUAAUCAUUGCCAUUUCUACAAUUUGAGGGGUACCAUGCUUGGGGAUAUGAUGGGAGAUACUUGGUUAGGAGCACAUGAACAAUACAAGGACUAUUAUGCAGCACUUUAUUUGAGGAAUAGCUGGGGAAAGCUUCUAUCAAUUAUUGUUCAAAAAGACUUACUUUCAUCCUCAUUGAGUAGCCAAGAUUUGGGAAAGAGAUUGCAUGCUUUCAAUGUAGCUUUUGAUGAGAGGUACAAGAAGGAAUCUAGUUGGACAAUUUGUGAUGAGGCCUUGAGGAAAAACAUAUGCAAGCAUUUGGUGGAAUGUAUUGUACCAAUCUAUAAGGCCUAUGUGAAGAAUUACAACUUGUCAAUCGAGAAUGAAGGUAUGGUUGCAAAGCAUAUCAAAUAUACAGCAGAGAGUUUGGAGAAUAAGAUUUGGUCUAUGUUUCAGCCAAAGCUGAAGAAGAAUGGGAGUGUCAAGCAUGCAGAUUGGACUAGUAAAAUAAAACAAGUUAGCAAAAGUUUUCGCUUCACUCUAGCUGCUAAGUAG